GAGGUGAGAUAGAAGAGAGUACCUCCCUACCCUUUCUUUCUUUGUUCUCACAUACUCUCUAAUGGCUAACGUAAAGCUUAUUUACCAUUACCUCAUAACCCACUUUUUCAAGCUCUGUUUGCUCCCAUUAAUAGCACUUGUGGCCACUAAAGCAUCAAGCCUAACCCUAAACAUUCUAUUUGCGAUUUUCACUUUCGGGUCAACCGUCUACUUCUUGACCCGACCUAGACCUGUUUACCUCGUCGACUACUCCUGCCAUCUUCCUCCUGCGCAUCAAAAGAUCAAUAUCAACAAGAAUCUUGAAAUAAAUCCUUUCCUGAGUUCACUGGGCGAGACGUCGUCUUUGGACUUCUUUUAUAGGGUUCUUGAACGUUCAGGUCUGGGGGACGAGACCUACAUUCCAAAUGCACUUCAUAGCGUCCCACCUCUCCAGACCAUGGCGGCGGCGCGUGAGGAGACAGAACAAGUCAUCUUCGACGCCAUAGACAAUCUCUUAACCAACACCAAAGUCAACACGCGCGAGAUCGGUAUAAUCAUCCUCAACUCAAGCACGUUUAACCCGACUCCUUCGCUCUCAGCGAUGGUUGUGAACAAGUACAAGCUCAGGAGCAACAUCAAAAGCAUCAAUCUUGGCGGUAUGGGCUGCAGCGCAGGCGUCAUUGCCAUCGAUCUCGCAAAGGACUUGUUGCAAGUCCAUAAGAACACUUACGCUCUUGUGGUGAGCACAGAGAAUAUCAGCCGCAACGCGUACGCAGGUGACAACAAAUCAAUGAUUGUCGCAAACUGCUUGUUUCGUCUAGGUGGGGCCGCGAUAUUGCUCUCAAACAAACCGGGAGACAGGAGACGUUCCAAGUAUAAACUGCUCCACACGGUUCGGACACACACGGGAGCGGAUGACAAAUCUUUUAGAUGUGUGCAACAAGAAGAUGAUGACAAGGGCAAAACUGGCAUUUCAUUGACUAAAGACAUAACCUCUGUUGCUGGGAGAACCAUUACCAAAAACAUAGCCACUUUGGGUCCGUUGGUUCUCCCCGUGAGCGAGAAGCUCCUGUUUUUCAAGACAUAUAUACGCAAGAAGUACUUCGACGACAAGAUUAAACACUAUGUUCCGGAUUUUAAGCGUGCCAUUGAUCAUUUCUGUAUCCACGCGGGUGGGAGAGCUCUGAUCGAUGAGCUCGGGAAGAGGUUGGGGCUAUCUCCGGUUGACGUGGAGCCAUCUAGAUCAACUUUGCAUAGGUUUGGUAAUACUUCUUCGAGUUCUAUUUGGUAUGAGUUGGCUUAUACGGAGGCUAAAGGUAGGAUGAAAAAAGGGGACAAAGCUUGGCAGAUUGCUUUAGGUUCGGGUUUUAAGUGUAAUAGUGCGGUGUGGGUGGCUUUACGCAAUGUUAACCCGUCGGUUAAUAGUCCUUGGGAACAUUGCAUUGACAAAUACCCGGUUAAGCUUGAUCUUUGA